AUGUCAAAGAAAUCAAAAACAAGUGAAUCUACAAAACCACCUGCUGGUGAGGACGAGACUGGUGUGAAAGGUGAAGAACUAUGGAAACUUUCAAAGGACGAGUCUGCUCCAAAGGGUAGGAGAGGAUCAAAAUCCAAGAAAGAUGCAACAAAGCCUCCAGCAGGAGAAGAUGAGACUGGGGGAAAGGGUGAAGAGCUCUGGAAAUUGCCCAGAGGUGAGUCCGCUUCCUCAAAAGCUAGAAGAGGUUCAAGAACGUCUAAACACAAGAACGAUUCGAGUAAACCUCCAGCAGGGGAGGAUGAGACUGGUGUAGCAGGUGAAGAGUUGUGGAAAUUGCCCAGAAAAGAAGGUGCAGAAUCCGAAUCUACUAAACCACCUGCAGGAGAAGAUGAGACUGGGAAAGAGGGAGAAGAAUUAUGGAAGCUCCAUAAGGACGAAGGCGCAAAACCAAGAAGAGGUUCUAAGUCAAGUGACAAGACCAAGCCUCUUGCUGGCGAGGAUGAAACUGGUGGAGAAGGUGAAGAGCUAUGGAAAUUGCCAAAAAAGGAUGAGAAAGAGACUGAUGUUGCAGAGGAUUCGGAUCAAACAGCACAAUCGACAGAAUUGGAUAUAGGCGAUGAGAUCCCAGAUGUCACCUUGCAAAAUCAGGACGGCAAGGACGUCUCAUUGAGAGACGUUGCAAAGGAACAUAAGAUCAUUAUAAUUUUUGCUUACCCUAAGGCAAGCACGCCAGGUUGUACCCGUCAAGCCUGUGGGUACCGUGACAAUUACGACGAGUUGAAAGAGCAUGCGGCUGUCUUUGGUCUCAGUGGGGACAACGCAUCGGCUCAAAAGAAGUUUCAAACUAAGCAAUCGCUUCCUUUUGAUCUGUUGUGUGAUCCUGGGAGAGUCUUAAUCGGCCAUUUGGGUGCCAAGAAGACUGCUCAGUCGGGGACUCUGAGAUCUCACUGGGUUUUCUUCGAUGGUAAAUUGAAGUAUAAGAGAGUAAAAGUCUCGCCAGAAGUGAGCAUUCAGGAUGGUAAGAAAGAGGUAUUAGAGUUAGCGGCCAGCCUCCAGAACGAGUGA